AUGGAACAGUUCCUCUCGCUGGUCGGUAUGCAGGCAAUGAAGCUGGCGGUUAAAUCAGGCAUCGUCUUUACAUCGUCGUACGCUUUGCAGCAAUAUUCGCAUUUCCUGACGACUGUGAGCGAUGAAAAGCUAUCUUCCAAGCUCAAGACCCUCCAAGAUGAACUUGAUAGCAAAAUAAAGAUCAUCACGCCGGCAAUCAACUUGAUCGAGCUUCGAUCCGGGCAAGGGAAUAGCGCUCUAGAAUCGGCACUAACGCUUACAACAUCGAUUCAGAAGGGUAUAACUUCACUUGGCCACAAGAUUGCCUCACUGACUUCUGCCAAAACUAGUCAGGCGGCUAUUCGUCAUUUGGUUGCUGACAUCAAAGUGCUGAUUGAGCGCAUAAAUGGAAGCAUACCCCUUUUACAGCUAGCUAUCUCGGCCUCUGGCGAAAGUCUGGCGACCAAUCUGCCUGAAUCUGUCUCACCUUCAAGAAUGCUCCAAGCCAGCGCUUUCCUCAUGGUUGCUGACAGCCAGUUCACAGCCAGCCCGCGAACGACUGUGCAAGUCGGGCCCGACUUCAUCGUAUCAGUAUACAUGAUAUUUAAAGGCUAUUCUUACGGCCCUGCGAAUCAAGAUCUCCGGUACAGAAUGUCCGAAGAACCUAAUCUUGACAGUGUAAGAAAGCCCGCCUGGCAAGAAGUCCUGCACAAAGCCCGCCUGAAACUCCAUCGUGCACCUUGCCAGCGAGAACGAAACGGAAAGCAAUGGCCACGGGGUUCUUCGCGAUACUUUUACUAUCUCGAGAUCAAAGAAGACACAGAUGACGGAAGGCUACAUGACAACCCCACCGACUCUGUUGGAGGCAGCAAAUCAGAUCUGAUCCCCGUUACGGAAAUUACCAAAUUGUUGUACACCAACUCUGCCGCUAUUCUCAACAUUAAAGACGACUUGGAAGCCAACAGCACUCCCAUACUCUUACUGAAGAGAGAGAUAGACUUCACUACCUUGACCAACACUUCAGAGUACAACAAAAACGAGGACGAAACGCAACAGCACGUAGACUGUCAAAUCCUUAGCGAAUGUGACGGCGCAGCACUAGAUGGUGAAAAUGGCAAGUGCGGCAAUGCUUCUUUGCACCACUCUCAGUUUCCUUCAUAUCUUGAUCCCGAAUGGAUCGCCCUCGAAAUGUACACGGCAGAUGCAUCUGACGGAAGCCAAUACGACCAGAGUGACGCAGAGUCUGCACAAUCGAGCAGUGACGAAUCUGAGCAGCGAAAUAGCCAUGAAACCGUAACCGAUGAAGUGAUCAAUCAACUAAGCUCGUUAUGCCUCGGCCCAGUUUAUCACCCGCAUAGCGAGGACAAAUCAGCUUUACAGGACGCCGCGUCUAGUGUCAGCGAGAGUACACCGACCAGCCUCUUCAGCAUGGUCACUACAUCGCUCUCUCUUCUUGAACUUGUCAUCAGAUUGGCCGUCUUGCAGCAAACGCAGCAAAAGUCUCAUCUAUCAAUCCCCGACCACGUCCUUACGUGCUUCUUGAACGGAACCAUGCAAUCGAAUAACUUCACGGGUAAUCAUUGA